GCUCAGCCCACUUGGGCGGUUGCCCCAUCCCAUUUCCUGAUCUAAGUACAGCAUUGACACCUCACAGACUAGAGGGAGAUUGCAGGAGGGCAGCCCCAUUGUGACCUAGAGAUGACAUCAGCGCCUGCCUGAUGCCAGAGCAGCAACCUGCCCUCAGGUGUAGCUUGGGUACUUGUUGCUGCUUUGAGAGCGUCUGUGCUGAGAGUGUCUUAGUGCCUGAGCCCGGGGAAAUGAGUUCACUCCUUCUCUAUCUGCUCUUUGCUGUCUUUUAUGCUGUGAUCAGGCUCGCCAUAUCUGAGGCUCUUCGGAGGAAGAGGAGACACAGAAAGAAAAAGCAGAAACGAAAAGCUUUUGGGUGCAGUGAGGAAGAGUUGGAAGAGGCUUGUGCAUCCCUAGAGACAUGCUGCCCUGUGCACCCGGAGAAGCUCCGCUUGGCUCAGCGCCUCAGGCUGGUUGACAGGAGGCUACAGGACAUGGCCAGACACCUGGAUGAAGUUCUGAUACCGCCGAGUGUGUCGACAUCUGUGAUGAGCCAGUUCUCCUAUUCCUCUAUGGAAUCCACCACCUCUCCCCUCUGGAGUCCCAGCUCCUUUUCCCUGAGAGAAGCCUCCGUGACUUGGUCAGAGCCCCUCUGCCACACAAGGGAGAUCAUGACUGUCACGAGCUGGGAAGGAUCCACUCAUCCCAGCCAAGCCCAGCCUCUCCCCAGGCCUCCUGCCCACAGCAGACGAGACCAGCGAGAGCAGAACAUAGGUCUGGACCAGAUGUCAGCCCAUGGCUCAGACUUCAACAUCCGACAGAAGCAUCUGCAGAGCCAACUGGGGGCUCCACAAACCCCCAUUCCAGGGGAGCCAUUGCUGGGUGAGCAGGACACCAAGCAGCAAUGGGAAUUCAGCACAGAUCGGCCCAAAUGUGGAUUUCCAGCAAAGGUCCCAAAGCCCCUGAGAUCCGACACCAGGCCUCAGCAUGCACAGGAGAUCCAAGAGCCAUGUGUCUGCCCCUGGGGACCUCUGCCCCAAAAGGCCCACAGGAUUAUGGUAUCCCCUGAUGCCAUCCUGGCCAGGUUUGUGCCCAUGGCGUGGAUCAAGCUGCAGGAUCACGUGGCUCAAAAAUGCUUGGAGAUCGAAAUGAAGGCUUUUCCUAAGAUUGUGAGAGAGUCGCACAGAGAUGCUCCCCUCCUGACAGAGACUGCCCUGCCUGGGCCACUCCGCCCCCCUAGGGAGCCAGGCAAGCACAGGACAGCGGCAUUCCCAACCAUGGGACAACAGCCUGCCCACCCCAUCGAACUCCACAUAAGGCGUGAGCAUCUCAUCAUGCAGAGGGGGCUGCUCACCCUGGAUCCAGAGCCCCCGGCAAAGCUGCCUCACGCCGUCCAAGCCAGGGGAGCCAGUGUGGAGUUCAGUGAGAUGGAGACCGAUUUCCUGCAGACAGGGAGGCAAAGCACAAGCUCCUCUUCUUCCACACGUCCUCCAACGCCAGUGGAAGAUACCACCAUGGAGACGGGCAGGAAUGAUAGCGCAGCAGGAAACCAGACUAACCCAGAUCGCUGUCCUCUGCCAGCAAGGAUGGAUCUGACAUCGCCACCUCCAGGAACCACAAUAGCAGAGAAGACACUCGAAGCGACACUCCAGAUUUAUAGGAGCGAGUUGAGAAAGCCCCUUACCAGUGUGUGUGACAGCAAAGGGACUGAAGAGAAGCUGGAGCUGCACAUGGAGAGGAAGGUUCUCUUGGGAGAAGGCUCCUGCCUGGGGCCAGGGGCACAGGCAGGUGAGGGCAGGGCAGAUCUUCCCAGGACCCAAUGCCACCAGGUUGCCCCAGAGGCCCCAGGCUCUGAGCAGCUAACAAGAUCCCCCCUUGACUCUCUCAUUGCUGGGCAGGCUGCACACGACUUGCAGAUCAAGCACCUGACGGAAAUGUUGAGCAGCUCCCGCCCUUUGGUGGGCCAGGUCUCAGUUUGCCAGCAGUGCCGCAAGGCACAGCCAGGAAAGAUGAAGGGUAAGAAAACUCAGAAGGAGACAUCUGCUGAGCUGCAUGGUCUUCGAGACAUCAUGGGUUCACAUGGGUUCGAUGGAACUGUGAAUUCAAAUCUCUCCAGGGACCAGCCGCCAAUCAAAAUCUGCAAGAAGUGCAGUAAGCUUCGAUGGAAGAGACCAGCUGGCUCUGCAGGUGCUGACGUGCCCGGAAGAUCCCAUGGAAUUCCACAGCGAUGGACUCCAGGAGACUCCUCAGCAUCAUCCAACCACAACAAGGUGCCAGUGGUGUGGCUCCUUCCAGCAGACAAGAGCAAGACGCAGGAUGGAAUGGGGAAAAGGGCUCCCACCAGGCAACCAAAGAUGGUGUCCAUUGCUACGAGUACAACAGGGCUUUCGCAAGCUGGGGAGAAAGCAACUGGGAAUCCUGACAGUUCUCCCCCAAAGUCACCAAAGGCUUCCAGAGCUAGGACACCAUCCCCUUCAAGGAGCAAAGUUCUCAAACAGAGGUUAAUGCGCCUCAAGCAAAUCUUCAGCAAGCUUCAAAACAAAGUGAAGUCCCGAAUGUCCAAGGACUCUCGUUCCAGAACACCCGACACUAAAUUUACAAAGCCACCCUUUUGGAAGGCAAGGGCCUCCAAGGGUGUCCGCUUUCCAUCCUACUGAAUCCCACCCUGCCAGCAUGCCCACUAACAGAAGGGGCCCAUAAAUUCCAACAUCUCCCUAUCAUCCAGUGGGUCUGGUAAGCAUGGGCUAAAGUCGAUGAGAAGAAUGGCUUGUUGUCCUGGGACACAGAGACUGAUGUAUAAGAGACUCUCCUUGGGGUAUGACAUUUAAACCCAGAUUCCAAGAUGAAGGGGGGCCUGGGGGCUUGGAUGAGAUUGAGGGUGUGGCUAGCUCACUGGAUUUGUUACUUUACCUCAUGUGGUUUGUGACGGGGCGGGACAGCCCCGCACUGGUACAGCAGGGGUUAACCCUUCUUUGCUAGCAGAGGAAGCCACGCCCAGGAAGCUCUGCUGGGCAUGCUCCAACUGGCAGAC